AUGUCACUUUACAUUGGUGUUUAUAAGGCAUUAUACGAAUAUCCAGCUCAAGCUGAAGAAGAAUUGACUCUUCAACCAGAUGAUAUCUUAUACUUGUUAGAAAAAUCAGACAUUGAUGAAUGGUGGAAAGUUAAAAAGAGAGUAUUACCUGUUGGUGAGGAAGAAGUUGAUGAACCUGUUGGAUUGGUUCCUUCUAAUUAUAUUGAACAAGCUCCAGUAUUGAAAACUGCAUCCGCGUUAUUUGAUUAUGAUAAGCAAACAGAAGAAGAAUUAUCAUUCAAGGAAGGUGAAAAAUUCAAUGUUUAUGAUCUUAAUGACCCUGAUUGGUUAUUAGUUUCAGACUCAGCUCAAACUUCAUUUGGUUUCGUACCUUCAAAUUAUAUCCAACUUGAUUCUUCAUCUGCGGCUGCGGCUCCUUCUACAUUCCCACCGGUAAACCUUGCACCACCACAAUCUCAAGUUCAACCACUUCCAAUAAGUUCUUUUGCCCCUCCUCCACUUCAUAGAGAUAGAUCUGAAUCAGCCGCCCCAGAACCUGUCCAAGAAGAGCCUCUUCAAACAAAUAAUCGUGACCAAUACAAUGAUAAUAGCUAUGGUCAUCAUCAAGAAGAAGAUGACGAAGCUCCUCCUCCUCCAAUGCCUUCUAGACCUCGUGGUGAAAGUACUAAUAGUGUAGUUGAUCUUAAUAAACCUCAUCCUGAACUCCCAACCAACCUUGCUGGCCCAAGUCCUCCUACCACUGGUUCUGAAAAUGUCGAAGAUUUACAUCAAGAGCAUACGUUUGAUGGAGAAUUCUUUACCUGGUAUAUUGAUGAAGUAGAUGGUCGUAAAAAGAAACCAGUUAUUUUUUCAAUUGGUCAAGGUUUAGUUAUUAUAAGACCAAAUAAUAAAGAUGCUAAUGGAUCAGCUAAAAAAUUAAGAUUAAGAUCAUCAUCAGGUGUAUCUACUAUAGAUAAUCAAUGGAGAAUCAAAGAUGUGAUAGAUUUCAAUCAAGAAAAGAAACAUAUAUUCUUGGACUUAAAGAGUCCAACUGCGUCAGUUGAAUUACACUGUGGAACUAGAGAUGUCGCUGAAGCUAUCUCGUCUAUUUUAGGUGAUUUGAAAGGUGCUGAACAUGCUACUGGAUUGAAAGAAAUUGCCAAAGCUUCCCAAGCUAAAACUAGUGAUAAAAAUAGAAAGAUUGGUAGAUUGAUCUAUGAUUUUACUGCUCAAGGUCAUGAUGAAUUAUCUGGUAAAGAAGGCGAUGAAGUAUAUGUGGUUGAUGAAAGUAAAUCUGCUGAUUGGUGGUAUUGUGAAAUUAUUGAAACUGGUAAGCAAGGGGUGAUUCCUUCAAGUUAUGUUGAAGUUAUUGGUACUUCCAAUUUAGAUAAAUUAACUGAUGGAGUUCUUAGAAGAAAGUCAACUAAAUCAUCUAAAGGUAGAGUGGUAGAUAACAAUGGUAAAUCUCCUGAACCUAGUGGUCGUCAUAAUCGUGGAAGAGGUGAAAGAGAUAAGAUUAGAGAAAAGGAUAAAGCUCAAAGAGAGAAGAAACUUAGUUCACCAUCUAAAAAGGAUGAUAAAUCAGGUCCAAACAUACACAGAGUCAGAACUUGGAUUGAUAGUUCUGGUUCCUUUAAAGUUGAAGCUGAAUUUUUAGGUUGUGUGGAAGGUAAAAUUCAUUUACAUAAAACUAAUGGUGUCAAAAUCGCUGUUGCUGCUGUCAAAUUAUCAGUAGAAGAUUUAGAAUAUGUUGAAAAGGUUACUGGUACUUCAUUGCAAGAUUACAAAGAUGAAGUCGAAAAACAAAUGCAAAAGAGAGCUAAAGCUAGUGCCGCCAAGCAACAAAGUGGAGUUUCUUCAUCUUCAGCAUCUGGUGCUGUUAAAGUACAAAAGACUCAUUCUGCAACUGCUGCAAUUAAUGAUAUUCCUCCUCCUCAACCAACAAGACCUAAAACAACAACUAAACUUACUACUUCGGAACCAGAUUAUGAUUGGUUUGAAUUUUUCCUUCAAUGUGGUAUCGAUAUUGGUAACUGUCAACGUUAUUCACUUAAUUUUAGUCGUGAACAAAUGGAUGAUAAUAUUCUUGAAGAUAUUACACCAUCUCUUUUGAGAACCUUAGGAUUAAGAGAAGGUGACAUUAUAAGAGUAAUGAAAUUCUUAGAUACUAAAUUCGAUAGAAAGAAAACUCCAGUUGAUAAUGCUGGUGCUUCAGGAAGUUUAUUUGUUGAUCCAAAUGGAACUUUGAAAAACAAUAACUCAUCUAUUGAGGUUCCAAAAGUCAGUGCAGAUUCAUUACCUUCUCCUCAAAAACAAGAAGUACCAAAAAUUGAACAACCAACAGAACAAUCAGGUAAUAAAUUCGAAGAUGAUGCUUGGGCUGUUAAACCUGCCGCUAGAUCUAGUGAAGACCUUCUGAGACCAAGUUCUCAACCUCAAACUCCUCAAUAUACUGGUGCAUUACAAGAUUUGGUAGAUAUAAAACCAGUUGGAUCUACUUCAAGUAUUAACAAUAAACCUCCGGUUUCAAACUUUCAACAAGGUCCAUCUGCUCCAGCUUUAACACCUGUCAAGACUGGUAACCUUAUCCAACCGGGCCAACAGUUUGCUGUACAAAAGACUGGUACUAAUGUUCAGUCACAGGCUACUGGUGGUUUCGUUCCUAUUCAAAAAACUGGUUUGAUUCCAAUUCCAACUGGUGGUUUAUUUUCUCAACCUACCGGGUUUAUGCCAAUCACAGCCCAACCAACUGGAUUUAUGCCAAUUCAACAAACUGGAGUUACUACAGGUCCUCUGGGUUUUCCAAUUACUACAUUUGGUCAAUCAUUACCUUUGCAAAUUACUGGUGGUAUUUUACCUCCUCAAUUUACUGGUGGAAUUCCAAUAACUUCUUUUAAUCUGGCUCCCAUUGUUCCAGCUCAAAGGACUGGUGGUCCGAUUAUGCCUGCUCAAAGAACUGGGGGUGGCCAAAUAACUGGUGGUUUUAUUCCUCAAUCUGCUUUCGGUCAACAGAUCACCGGAGGUUUUAACCAAGCUCCUAAUGCAUUCCCUCCUACUACAUUUGGUACUCAAGCUACUGGUGGUCAACCAUUUGCUUCAUUUGGACAACCAGCUCCAGCUACAUUUGGUGGUCAAGCUACGGGACAACCAAUAGGUACAAAUCCAUUUGGUUUUAAUCAAGCUGCACCUCAACCACAAGCUACUUUUGGUGCAGGAUAUGGUCAACCACAACCACAACAAGCUUUCGGGUCCCAAUUUGGUCAACCAACUUUCCAACCUGCACAAACAGGAUUUGGUCAACCUCAACAACAACCUGCAUUCAAUCAAUUCCAACAACCUCAACAACAACCAGAUAUGAACCAAUUGACUAAUAUGUUCCAAAAUACAGGUUUUAAUCCACAACAACAACAAACUUUCAAUCAACCUCCAGCUCAAUUCCCAAAUACAUCAUUCGGUCAGCCAGCAAACCCUCAAUUCGAAGGUUUCGCCCCACAACCAUUACAGAACCAACCAACUGGAGUUGGUUUUGGUAAUGCUCCUUUACAAGCUCAACAGACUGGUGGUAGAAGAGCUAAUUUACUGGCUGCUACUCCAGAUAAUCCAUUUGGAUUCUGA